CCGGCGGAAGAGGCAGAUUCAGGAAGCCAUUACGCAGCUGGCUGGCAGCGGCCGGGCCGGUCGGGGCUGGGCCCUACGCACUUUGCGUAGAGAGGGGGGUUACCAAAGGCCUGGUGCUUGGCCUUGGGCAAGCCUGGCCUAUCCCCUGUAGGGGGGUGGGUGAGAGGCGAGGCUGAGGAAGAAGAGAAGGGGAAUUGGGGCGGUUGAGGGGAUUAUAAUUUCUUUAAAAAGCGGGGUGGGGAGAGGUCAUGGCCGUCCCAGCCAAGAAGAGGAAGAUGAACUUCUCCGAGCGAGAGGUGGAAAUCAUCGUGGAGGAGCUGGAACUGAAGAAGCACCUGCUGGUGAACCACUUCAACGCCGGGGUCCCUCUGGCUGCCAAGAGUGCGGCCUGGCACGGCAUCUUAAGAAGAGUCAACGCGGUGGCCACCUGCCGCAGGGAACUGCCUGAGGUCAAGAAGAAGUGGUCUGACCUCAAGACUGAGGUCCGUCGCAAAGUUGCCCAGGUCCGGGCAGCGGUGGAGGGUGGCGAGGCCCCAGGGCCCACUGAGGAGGAUGGAGUCGGUGGGCCUGGGACGGGUGGUGGCAGUGGCGGCGGUGGCCCAGCUGUAGCCCCGGUCCUGCUCACCCCCAUGCAACAGCGCAUCUGCAACCUGCUGGGCGAGGCCACCAUCAUCAGCUUGCCCAGUGCCACAGAGAUCCACCCCGUGGCCCUUGGACCCACAGCCACUGCAGCUGCAGCCACGGUCACCCUGACACAGAUCCCCACGGAGACCACCUAUCACACGCUGGAGGAGGGAGUGGUAGAGUACUGUACUGCGGAGCCGCCCCCGCCCCUGCCGGCCGAGGCCCCCGUGGAGAUGAUAGCUCCGCACACUGACACCUCGGUCAAACCCCAGGCGCUCAAGAGCCGCAUAGCCCUCAACUCCGCCAAGCUGAUCCAGGAGCAGCGAGUCACCAAUCUGCACGUGAAGGAGAUCGCCCAGCACCUGGAGCAGCAGAACGACCUGCUACAGAUGAUCCGCCGCUCCCAGGAGAAUCACCAUCGAUCACUGAGACCCUCGCGUCUUCCCAGAUCAUUCCCCGGGAUUGCCAUUUUGCUGCCGGUGCCUUGGCUACACGUGACCAAUGGUUGCAACUCGAGGCUCCAGAUCUUCACUAAACCAUCAAGGUGCUGCGCUUCUGGGCACGUGCGUUUGGAAUUGCUUGCUCUGCGGCGACAGUCACAGGAAGGUGCCCCCAGAGACGGUCGGGAGGUGGCUGUCGGACGGUACAGUCAGCCUCUCUGUGGAGGACAGGUGCAGCACCAGCUACAGAGCAACGGAGAGGAAUCAGGCUGGGGAGGGGAUACAGAGGCUGUGCUGGAAUGUGCCGGUUCUCUCUCAAAUCUGGGUCAUCACCUUCUAUGCCCCACCUCUUCCCUGGCCAACUCCUGGGUGGCCCUUGGGGCUCAGCCUGGAUACCACGUCUUCUAGAGGCCCUUCCCAGCCUCCCACCUGCCUAGGAUGAAGUAUAAGCUUCUGAAUGUGACCUACAGGGGCCUUUCAUGGUCUGAUGCUGCCUCCCAUCUUGUGCUUCAUUCCAGCCACAGUGAAAGUUUACUUCCUAAUUGUGAGAAGUAAGUGAUUCAUGGUCAGAAAUACCAAAUAAAAGCUGUGCUGCCUAGUUAACAAUAGGAUCACAACCUAUUGGAACUACGUAGGAACCCCUCCCCCCGCACAAUGGAGCCCCAAACCCUUAGACACUUCACUUCCUGGUUCUUUCCCUCUCCACUGGGGGCGGGGGCUUAUUUUUCGUGGGCUUUGCAGUGAGCAUGCGCCAGAGAACUGAAGUCUCUGUGUCACCUUAAGGAAUGUACGUUCGUUCCAAACAGACUGCCUUUUGCCUUACACGGGCAUAGGCGACAUCCGGGUAAGGCUGUUACCGCUCUAGUACUCAGCCAAUGAGGAAUCAGGGGAGGGACUUCAUGCUAGGAGAUAAAUCAUCUGCUGUAACCGCCCCCCAGUGUGCCCGCCCAUCAGACACUCGCUCUUGCAAGAACGUCAAUGAAAGCCUGUUGAUGAAAGCCUCGCUUCCCUCUGCUCCGAGUCUCCGUGUCCCUCCUUUGAUUGGGUCAGUGGGUUUAUUUCUCACACUUGUCCAUUGAUUAUAUCUCAAUAAAA